AUUUCAACCGGAGUGGGUGUGAGAAAAGAUGUGUGAUUGAGAGCCUCCUGUUUGGUGUCUUUUUACCAAUAUCCAUGAGAGAUGUUAAUGGUGACUUUGCACUGUAUUUCCCGUUAAAGGACACAACAUCCAAUUCACAGGCACGAUCAGUCACGCUCAUUGUGUGCAAAACACUCAGUUCAGUGUUCAAGAGCAGUCGCAAGAUUAUCUAUCGCGUGUGUGAAGUCACUAGUGUUAAGAAACCAUUGAAAAUGUUCAAUCUCUAUUCAACAAUGAAUCGCCGCAAUGACGACAAGGAGGAGAAAGAAAUUCAAACUACAGGACAUGAUCGAUUCUGUCAGGCACGGCCGUCGAGAUCGACGUAUCGGAAGAAGCGGAAGAGACACGUGAGAAGAGCCCAAUCAGCUGCAGAAUUUGACUCUCAGGCCGUUUUCACAGCGAAUAAGCGCCAUUUAUUCAGUCGUGGCCGAUCUGUGAGCACAGAACAGGAGAACUCAGAGUCUGAGCAAUCGGAAAAGUCACCAUUAGUCAGCACGAAGCUGGACUCACUAGCCAAAUUGCUGUUCAGUAAGAGUUUCAAGCAGGACAAUUCAUCCGGCAGCAAAGUGACUGAAUCACCGACAAGGCACAGUGUCCUGAGGUAUCAGUACACGGCGCUAGAGAGCGGGACCUGUGGCCAGGACAGAAGUCCGCGCGAGAGGGCGGCGAGGGAACAAGCGCUAGUAGCCAGUCAGACGUGGGUUCAGCAGUCCGGAGGACGCUACGAAGUCAUCGUACAUCUCGAUGACAUCGGAUCGAGGACCAAUAAACACUGGUUUCUGCUCAAAGAUGCCACUGUUCGAACUGAUCGCUUAAUGACCCUGCUUCCAAUACCUCCCGAUUGCAUUGCCUUGGAAGAACUGCCACCCUCCCAGUGUCUCAAGGGCGUCUUCAUGGAGUUGCUGGGAUCCCUGCAACAUCCCUACAUCUAUCCGGUCUUAGAUUUAGGUUUUUUAAAUUUCGAAUCUCGCAACUACGCCUGUCUCGUGAUGCCCUUCAACCCGCGCGGCAGCCUGAAGGAUCUCAUCUACAAGAGCCAAUGGAAUGAGGCUUGGUGUCGGAAGUAUACGAGGAAAUCCACUUGUUUGCCAAUAUCUCAAGUACAACGAUUGGGACGACAAAUUCUGGAGGCGUUGCUCUUCCUGCGAGAGCGAGGCUUCUCCUCCCACGGACACCUCCACAGUGGCAAUGUGAUCCUGCAGAACGGGGUGGCUCGUUUAUCCGGACUGGAGAAUGGAAUCCUCGGCCUCAAUUCCAAUAUCAAUGCGAUUGUGUGGUCGAAGGGCAGAAAUGAGCUGGAGAACAUUGAUGUGAUCUGCUUUGGACAUCUUCUCUUCGAGAUGUGUUGCGGCUACGAGUUGGCCAUGCCACAGCCCUCGCCAGGCCACAUCCAGCUGGAUCUGGAGCGUUAUCCCCAAGUCGCCGAUGUGCUUCAGAUGAUCUUCGACUCGCCGGAUGGACGGUAUCCCUCAGUGGAGGACCUCGUCAUGCACGACCUCUUCCGAAACAUUGACCUGCGCGAAAUGAGGGGCACUUGCGUGCCAUCCUUCAAGCAUGGACUCAGCAGCUCCACCAUGAGUAUCCUUCAGGCGGUGCAGCGGAGACAAGGCAGCUUCUUCUCGGGAUCAUAUAGCGAAGGAAGCUCUCCGUGCACGCCACCUUCAACACCGCGCCUGGGCAGGAAGAUGGAGGAUUCCGAUACGCCCAGCUACUCAAGCAACUCCGAUGACAUCAUAGAAGAGGUCACAAUCGCGUCCACUCAUUAUGAUCCCAUGCACUCUCCUAUUCACAUCUGCGAAAAUAGCCUGCCGAUAGAUGAUGAUGCCGAGGAAGGCUGCUCCUCUUCCCAGAUUCACCAGACACCCAAUCAACUCACAACGAGCAGCGCUAAGAACAGCCAGAGUCGUCGGAUGGAGUACUCAAUGCGCGGGAUGAAGCUAGACGUCAGCAAUCCUUCUCAGGACUCCGCCUUUGGCUCCAUGACGGACGGUGACAUCUCCAUUGCCUCCUCAAGUUUCCGCCUCAACAGCUUCCAAUCCGUCACGUCGCCCAUCGACGAAGGUGUGGAAGAUCUCACAGAGUCUCGGGAGUCCCGUGAGCCACCGCUAAAACCCAUACAGACACUAGAACCUCCUCUGUUGCUAGUCAAUGAUCAGUGCUCCAUCUACACAACGUCUCCACUCCGUCGUGGAGGAACUGUGGAGGUCUUCUCGCAGAAGUACAGAGUCUCUUCCUUCGAGGACAUGCCCAGAUCGUGUCAGGAAAUGAAGAUGGACAAGUACACUUUCCGGUCAUUUGAGGAGGAGCGAAGAAUUGAUCUGGCCUUCGCGCCAAUCACUAAAAGCGCCAGUACGACUUCAACAAGCAAAUGCAAAUUGGCUGGCAGCAAGAGUUCCCUGGUUCGUAAUGAGAAGUUCAAAAGACUCACGCACGCGGCUUUCUCUAGUCGCAUGGCCGGCAGCCGACACGUUUUGUGGAAAAAUAGCAUCCUGGCGCGCAAGGACACAGUAAAGUCCAACGAGUCAUUGCUGGACACUUCGCCUACGCGGUCGCUCGACGCCAAAUCUGAGUCUCUGGCGCCCUGGAACUCCUGGAAGUCCCGCUCUGAGCGAACCCUCUUCUCACUGGCCGACUUCAAGCAGCCCGCGCUGGAGACAAGCUCCUGCCAUACGGAGGACUUCACUUCUGACGAGGAGGAGCCCUCCACCAGAGUGGCCAGCAGCGGCGACAGCUCCAGCCGGAAGGCCGAGGAGGAGCCCGAGAAGAGUCUCGAUUCCAGCGAUGAGGUGGACGAAAGUGACUUCCUCUCCUCGCCGUCGCACGAGUACAUGUGCAAGCUGAUCGGGAGCGGUGGCGAGGAGACUCCUCUCCUCGAGGGCAUGGAGAUGUCCCCGAUUUCGCCCAAAGACUAGCUUCCCGACUUGAUGGGCAAAUGUGAUAAUGCGUGCUGUAUUUAUGAACUCACUUUUAGACCCCCGAGACACUUUCCAUGAAAGAUCCUAGCGAGAGGUUAGAAAACCUUGGUUUGACUUAGAAUUUUUUCUAUAUCAAGGAUUAAAAUUGCCCUGAAUACCACUUGCAAUUAUUUUUCCCCUUGGCAGCCUCUUAAAUAUUGAGUUCCAGCGAAAGCAAUUCCAGAUUAUUUUGCGCGUUUCAGGCAAUUGUACUGUAGAAAAGAAUAUGAUGAAACUAAUGUCGAUGUGAUAAAAAUAGAUCCAAAGACACAAUUGAUUGACAAAAAAAUAUUCCUUAAAGAGAUAACAAUAAUUAUUGAAAUAUCUUCAAUCCGCACUCUACAGUAAUAUUUAGCGAAAUAAUCUCAUAUACUAAAUAAAUGAAUAUUUACUGUUAGUCAAUGGAAAUUUUAAGAGAAAACAAUGCCAAAUUUCACUAAGAGAAAAUAUUGAAAAAUUGACGAGUAUUAAAGUAAAGGAAAACUUAUCAUCACACGAAUUUUACAGCAAAGAAAAUAUCACUGGAAACUCCUUCAGAGCUUAUUCUCCUCCUCUCGAGAAUCCAUCGUCUAUCAUCGUGUAUUUAAGGCCAAUUAGAGCGAAAAAAUAGGAUAUCUUUGUAAAUCCUUCUCGUAUUCGGAAAAAUCCUCAAUAAUUUUCGCCACUUUCGCCUCCCAAAGAUAAUUUCCCUCGCAGAUGAAAACAUUUUGAUGCCGUCCCAUUUUGUCAUUAAUUAAUGGAAAUUGCUUUGUAAUCUCACAUUAGCUCUUUAUAGUGAAGAAAUAUGUCUACUUAUUGCAUUAUUGUUCAUUCUAUUUGUAUUAUUCAUGAACAUUAUUUUUAUUAAAUGAAAGUCAAAUCUUCAGUGUAUGAGAAAUGGAAUAAAUAUUGAAUUGAUAAAAUA